AUGUUGGCUCCAAGAGGAAAUGUUUCGCUGAGUAUUUUGCUGUUUUUUAGUUUAAGUUUUGUAGUCAACUUCCCAGAAGGAUAUACAAAUAGUUAUCCUAACACGGCUGUCGAAUCUUUUCGUAAUUUCUACAAUGAAAGCUUCUCUGCGCGAGAGAUUGAACUAACAGAAUCCCGUUUUUCAUGGAUAUGGUCCGGAACUCUGAAUAUUUGGUUUGUUGGUUACUUUUUGGGAGAAUUCAUAACACCUGUACUAACAGAAUCAUUUGGGAGAAAAGCUUCACUGCUUUUCUCCUCUUUCUUGGCUUUGAUUGGAGCUGCAUUGAACAUGCUCUCGACACUAGUUGAUAUACCGGAACUCUUCAUUGCAGGUCGAGGGUUCAGUUCAAUUUCAAGUGGAUUAUCUUUUGGAGUUCUGAUACUCUUCUUACAAGAAGCUCCACCCACACGAAUUAGAGGAAGUGUAUCAUCUCUUAGCGAGACAGCUUUCUUGCUGUCAACCGUUCUUGGAAUGUUGUGGGGAAUGGACAUAUUCUUUGGAAAGAACUUGCCCUUUAUUACAGGAAUACCUAUGAUCCCGGCAAUCUUGACUUUAAUAAUGGUUUUCCCACUGAAGGAAACACCGAAAUAUCUAAUGCUGCAUAAACAAGAUGAAGAAGCUGCUAAAGAUGCUAUUCGAUAUUACCAUGGUGAAACAAAUGUGGAAAAGGUAUUGGAAGAUAUAAUCCUUGAAGGACAACGAGAGGAGAAAGUGAAGCUCAGUGCAUUCCAACAAGUCCUAUCUAUUGUGAAAGAUCCGCAUGUCCGAGACGCCUUCAUCAUAGGAAUUUUAACUCUACAGCUCGUGGUCAGUUUCUGGCCUAUCACCCAGCUUUCUACGAUUAUUUUGGAAAGCGCCUUAUCACCGGAUCUAGCGCAGCUAGCCUCCGUCUUGUACAUUGCUUCUAAUUUUUUGACGUCAUUAGUGGGCAUCUGGUUAGUGGAAAAAGUAGGGAGAAGACCUUUGGUUCUGAUACUAGGAUUAAUUAACGUAUUAUCUUUGGUGAUGUACAUUGUCUGUGAUAUUUUGCCGCAAUCUGAUUUGUCGAGAAAUGGAAUUAUAGCUUCACUUAUCAUUUUCGGAGCUUCUAGCGGACUUGGCUUAGCUUCUAUUGCUUUCUUUUUGCCCUCCGAGUUGGUUUCUCAACGUCGUCGAUCCUUAGUACAAUCUGCAGUUUAUGCUAUCAACACGGUUAUGAAUUUAGUCUUCUCAGGCGCUACUCUACCUCUGUAUGAGGCUAUCGGGUCAUAUUCGUUCAUACCGCUGUUCAUCAUCCCAGGAUUUCUUUGUCUGACAUAUCUCUAUUUCUACAUGCCAGAAACGAAAGGAAGAGAAAUUCAUGAUAUUGUUCGAGAAUUGAUGAGGAAACGAGGUCAAAUUGCAGAAUUUGAUGAACGCGAGCUUGAACAACUGAAGCAGGCAACAAAUGAAUGA